AUGGGCGCUUCUAUCAAAAUCAACAUCAAUGAUCUCCAGAUGCUGGGCAAACGUGAUUACGAUAUUAACUUUGAUUGGAAUGAACCUCAUCCCACUGAUGUACUUCAUCAUACUGUUGUUAACUUCAUUUCCACAAGUAAAAUAAAUCUCCACCAUGCCCUUCACCAACUAGCUUCUUCUAGCAGUGAUACUUUCCCUUUGGUACCAAAACAAAAACUUGCACUUGAGCUUAUUCUUACCCAUUAUGCAUCUCAUCAAACCAUACCACCUCUCUGUAUGAUUAUACAAGGGACUGCAAGCACUGGCAAAUCCUAUUUGAUACAAUGCAUUAGAAAAAAAUUUAACCUUUCCACUAAUCUAGAGCACAAUCAUUUGCUUGUGCUUUCCCCAACAGGCAUUUCUGCAUAUAAUAUUCAAGCAACAACAAUCCAUGUUUUCCUGUGCAUCCCUCUUAGAUAUAUGCAAACAGGCCAAUCUUUAAUUUUCUUCCAAGAACAAUAUAAACAAUUGCAAUAUAUUAUAAUUGAUGAAAUGAGCUUUUUGGGUCCUAAAUUGCUUUUGAAAAUUAACAGCAGAUUACGACAAGCAUUUCCUCAUAAAGAACAUGAACCAUUUAGAGGUAUCUCAAUAAUCCUUGUAGGUGACCUUGGUCAACUGCCUCCUGUAAUGGACAAGCCUUUGUAUGCAUCACAUUCUACAACACUUUCAUUAUGGUGCUUUUUCCAAACUGUGGUUACCUUGGAUACAAGUUUCCGACAGCAAGGUACAUUGGAUAUCCAACAACAAUUUCGUGCAAUCUUGCAAAACAUUAGAAAUGCCAAUGCACUCCAAACAGAUUGGGAACCUCUUAUGUCUCGAUCAUCCACUAAACUGGUUGUUAAUGAUAACAAAAACUUUGACAAUUCAAUUCAUUUAUUUGCAACAAAUGCAUCAUCCAAACACCACAAUACUAAAAUGUUAAAACAAUUGCACUUGCCUGUUGUGCGAUGUGUUGCCCAAGUUCCAAGGCAAAGUAACAUUGGAUAUGAUAAUGAUGAACAACUCCCUUCUAAAAUACUCCUCUCCCUCAAUGAACAAGUAAUGUUAAUUGCUAAUCUAUGGAUACAAGCUAGCUUGGUCAAUGGCUCAUUAGGACAAAUCAAAUCCAUUGUCUAUGAUACAAAUUUUAAACCUCUUGACUUGCCAAAGUACAUCGUUGUUCAGUUAGAACAUUAUAUUGGACCUCCUUGGGACAGUACAAAUGCUAAAUUUGUACCUAUACCUCCUAUUACUCGAGUUAGCCGCACUCAAUUCCCCCUUGCAAUGGCUUGGGCUAUUACUAUUCACUAA